GGAAAAUCAGCCAGGGGGUGGGGGAGGGGCAGACAGUGUUAAAGGGGGCGCAGUCAGGCAGAGCGGGUGGAAAACUAUUGCUGUGAAUCCGUCUCAGGAUAUGGGAGUGAGGGUGGCGGAAGGAGGUUUGAUGCCCCUGCUGCAAUGAUCCCUUUAAAAGGAGUCUGGCCUCCUCCUUCCUGAGCUACGUUUCAGGUCUCGCAGAGACGCAUGUUAAUCCGGAGUCACUGCAAGUGAGAACAGGGAGUGACUCCAAAUUAACAUGGGGGCAGAUAGGAUUAGGAUGUGUCUCUGUGGGGAGGAGGUUUCAGUUGUUACUAAAGGGGGGAAAGUUACUCGGUUUCUCUCUGUCUCUUUCUCUGCCUCAGGAUAUUAGGAUUGAGCUUCCCGCUUCAGACGCUGCUGCUACCAUUGCGAUCUGAGAGCCCAGGUUGAGCAGCUGCUGCUCCCCCAGCAGGAUCAGGGCUGGGGAGUGACCCUGAGUAAAGCUUCCUCUGUGCCCAGCCAAGAGUCGAGAACAUCCAUCUGCGGGGAAAGAGCCGGGGGGAAUUGAGAUGUGAUGUGACUGUCCUGUUCUCACACAUCCCCUUCUUGCCCUGACAGGCUGCAGCAUCACGUCCCACCCUUCCAGGGAGCAGGGAAGGGAAAUGGCUGCCAUGGAGCCAGCUCAGGUAGGGAUUAUCGGGGAGUUGCUGGUGGGCUCCUGUUGGCAGGAGAAGGGCAGUAAAGACAUAGGAGGUGGGUGCUUCUGGGGUGGUCGGGAGGGGGCAGGAAAUACCCUGGGUGGAGAAAGGGAGGGGGACAGAGCGUGACAAACCUGCUGGGAUUAGUUUACGGUGGGGCCUAGAUUCAUAAGAACAUAAGAACAUUGUGGGUGGAAAUUCCCUAAUUUGUCAACCCCCCUGGACUGGGCUUGGGAAACGUAGCAGCCUCCAAUACUGGGGUCUGAACCUACUAGCCAGAGGGCAGCCCCCAGUGAGGCCCGGGGAAGACACCCCAUCCCUUCCCAUCCAAGUGCUGGCAGUGGGGAGGGUGUUGGGAUUCCUGCCAGGGGGCCUGUCCCUGGGCCCUGCUGGGGGCUCCAUCUCCUGUAUCAGCUUCUGGCAGGUAGGUGAGUGUUGAAUGUUCAGACCCCUCCCAUCUCUGUCUGCUAGAAGGGGCGAGGGGCUCUCUCUCUUUUUCUCCCCUCCCCCUGAUGCCUCCUGGCUGCUCUGAUGGGGAGGGGGUGGGAUCCUGCCUGCCUCCCAGAGCUUCCAUGUGAUUGGCCCUCUCCCCUGUGACCGGUGGGGUUGUCACUGGGCAGCAGGUGCAGAGUGGGGGGCUCUUGCUGUUUCAGGGGCCGGUGACCUUCGAGGAGGUGGCUGUGUAUUUCACCAGGGAAGAGUGGGCUCUGCUGGACCCCGCUCAGAGAGCCCUCUACAGAGACGUCAUGCAGGAGAACUAUGAGAAUGUGACCUCGCUGGGGUUUCCAGUUUCCAAACCCGAUGUCAUCUCCCAGCUGGAACAAGGGGAAGAGCUGUGGGCUCCAGAUGGCCAGGGCUCAGAGGAAAGAGAGAUCCUGAGAGGCAGUUGCAUGGCAGGUGAGGGGAUGGUGAGAGAGACCGUGGAGCAUAAGCCUCAGCAGGAAGAGGAGCAAGUGGAAGCGCGUGGGGCAUUGUUGCAAAGAUGCAAAGGGAGUGUGUCCAGGAGUUGUGAGCAGGGCAAAGGCUCUCAGUGGCAGCACAGGCCAGAGAAGCGGCAGGGAAACCAGCCAGCACAGAAAGUUGGAAUAUCUGUUAAUUAUCGGGGAACUCACAAAGGCCUCAAGGAAGCCACGGCCCAGCAGAGAAUCCUGAUGGGAGAGAGAAAUAACACGGGCUUUGAGGGUGGGAAAAAGUUCAGGAGACGCUCACGUCAUCAGAGAAUCCACGCCAGAGUGAGACCUCAUGAGUGCUGCGAGUGCGGGAAAACCUUCACUGAGAGCUCACGCCUUUUAAACCAUCAGAGGAGCCACACAGGGGAGAAACCCUAUAAAUGCUGUGAGUGCGGGAAAACCUUCACUCAGAGCUCAAACCUUAUUCGUCAUCAGAGGACCCACACAGGAGAGAAACCCUAUAAAUGCCAUGAGUGCGGGAAAACCUUUGCUCGGAGCUCACACCUUAUUACGCAUCAGAGGAGCCACACAGGGGAGAAACCCUAUAAAUGCUAUGAGUGCGGGAGAACGUUCGCUCGGAGCUCAACCCUUAUUACACAUCAGAGGACCCACACAGGAGAGAAACCCUACAAAUGCCGUGAGUGCGGGAAAACCUUUGCUCAGGUCUCAGGCCUAAUUACACAUGAGAGAAUCCACACAAGGGAGAAACCCUAUGAAUGCCGUGAGUGCGGGAAAACCUUUGCUCACUCCGCACAGCUUGUUACACAUCAGAUAAUCCACACAGGGGUGAAACCCUAUGAAUGCCGUGAGUGCGGGAAAACCUUUGCUCAGAGCCCAAACCUUACUCGCCAUCAGAGGAUCCACACAGGGGUGAAACCCUAUGAAUGCCGUGAGUGCGGGAAAAUCUUCACUUGCACCUCACACCUUAUUGCACAUGAGAGGAUCCACACAGGAGAGAAACCCUAUAAAUGCCGUGAGUGUGGGAAAACCUUUGCUCAGCGCUCAGCCCUUAUUGCACAUGAGAGGAUCCACACAGGAGAGAAACCCUAUAAAUGCCGUGAGUGUGGGAAAACUUUCACUUGCACCUCACACCUUAUUGCACAUGAGAGGAUCCACACAGGAGAGAAACCCUAUAAAUGCCGUGAGUGCGGGAAAACCUUUGCUCAGCGCUCAGCCCUUAUUGCACAUGAGAGGAUCCACACAGGAGAGAAACCCUAUAAAUGCCGUGAGUGUGGGAAAACUUUCACUUGGAGCUCACACCUUACUACACAUCAGAGGAUCCACACAGGAGAGAAACCCUAUAAAUGCCGUGAGUGCGGGAAAACCUUUGCUCAGCGCUCACACCUUAUUGCACAUGAGAGGAUCCACACAGGAGAGAAACCCUAUAAAUGCCGUGAGUGUGGGAAAACCUUUGCUCAGAGCUCACACCUUAUUGCACAUGAGAGGAUCCACACAGGAGAGAAACCCUAUAAAUGCCGUGAGUGCGGGAAAACCUUUGCUCAGAGCUCACACCUUACUGCACAUAAGAGGAUGCACACAGGAGAGAAACCCUAUAAAUGCCGUGAGUGCGGGAAAACCUUCACUUGGAGCUCAAACCUUACUACACAUCAGAGGAGCCACACAGGAGAGAAAACCCUAUAAAUGCUGUGAGUGUGGGAAAUUCUUCCAUCAUGACUCUUCUCUUAUUUAUCACCAGAGAAGCUGCAAGGGAGAUAAACACCAUGAAAAUCUCGUCUGGGUCUCAGAAAAGAUUGUUUUUUCCUUUUGC